AUGGGAAGACCAAAACUGAAGUUGGCUUGGAUCGAGGAUCGAAAGGCAAGAAACAUUGCUUGCCAGCAGAGGAUGAAAGGAUUGAUGAAAAUGGCUGAAGAACUAACCACCUUGGGUGAUACGAGUGCAUGCUUGACCUUUUCCAACCGUGAUGAUGGUAAGAUGGUGGCGUGGCCAUCUCAGGAGGAGGCGUAUGAUCCAGAGUCAUACAUCAAGACCAAAAUCAAAGAGAUCGAGAAGAGACUAGAGGAUACUCGGAAGGUAGUCGAGGAGUUGGAGAUUGAUCGUCUCAUGCUCCAUAUCGAAGAUGGUGGAAAAAUUGCUGACCUUUCUCAAACCGAACUUGAGAUGUUAAAGUCAUUUGUAAGUAAGAAAAUUAUGUAUCUUGAGAGAAAGUUAGGUAUGCAACAUCCGGAUACAAGUGGCAAAGAGCCAGUUCUUGGGGAUGAGGGGUUGUUGGAUGACAAUGAGGACAUGGAGACCAAUGAAGGAGAUAGCACCAAGUCUGGUGGUGCGGACGAUGCCUAA